AUGACAAAGGAUUAUAUUUUACGUACUUUGGAUCAAAAGUGUAAAUCAUGGGCUCUGGCUUAUCUUCAUAAAAUCUUCACAGCUGGUAUUGAAACCACCUCGAGAGUUGAAGGCUAUAAUUGGAUCAUAAAACAACAACUAAAGGCUAAUACUACUACAUUGAAUACUACUUACACAGUUGGACAAGAUUUGUUUCUAGCAAUAACAAAAGUUCUUGAUAAGUAUCUUACUGAACCUAUUAAAAAUAUGAUUAGAGAAGAAAUGUCUUAA